AUGUCAGCUGCCAGAUAUAAACGUGCAUUACGUAUACUUGAACAAUGGCCAAAUGACCCAAGUAAAGGAGAUAGACGUGAUAUUGGGUUAUUAUUGAGAAAAAGGAUUGGAGAUAAUUUUAAGAAAGCUGAUCAGUCAGAAAUAUCAAACCCUGAAAAAUGUGAUGAAAUGUUGACAAGUUUAGAAAAUUUGUGUUCUAAUAAAUAUAGCCAGAAGUAUCCCGUGUAUCCGGAGUUAACUGUCGGCUCUCUCAUUUUAAAUUCUGAAGAAUGCAAGUUGUUUGUCUCAGAAGCUUGUCAAAAAGAAAUGCUGAAGCAAAAUACAUUCUUUGAGAGGAAAUACGUACGAUUUUUUGGCAUUAACAAACCUGCGGAAAAUAUUAUUGACAAAAACAUGACAACUGAAAGUGCUGGAGGAAAAAAGUGA